UUAUUCUAAAAAUAAAGUCAAAUUAAUCAAAACAGAGUUAUCUUUUUUUUUUCAAUUUAUCAUGGCACUAAAUUCUACUAUUUGUAUUUUCAACUAAGUCUUGAAAGUCUUACAGACGUAGGUUAAUGGAACUUUAUAAGACUGCAUGUAGUGGAGUGUCACGUGGUAUUGAUUGAUUGCUCGGACGUGUGCAACAGGUGUCUAUUUAAUGCAGCUUGCAUCAUCAUGCAUUGAAAUUACUAUUCUAUGAAAGUAUUUACGAGAAUAAAAUAAGGGAUACUCUGAUAUUGAUAGCAUAAUUGAAGAAAAAAAGACUACUAAAAAAAAGUACAUAGAAACAUAAACCAGAUCUUGCAUACAAAAAUAUUAUAAUCAUAAAUAUUAUAUUAUUCUUUGACGAUGUUGAACAAUUUAUUUUAUACAAAUUACAUAAAACGCAAAGAUAUAAUCAAUUCGAUUUUCGAAACAAGUGUUUUUUUUUUAAAUAAAGUCGAAGCACGCGAGAAAAACCCCGUUAUAUGUUCUUGAUUUAUCUCUCGAUCUACUUAGAAGCUACUACUUUUACGAUUAGGCAUAAAGGAAUACUAUUAAGGCGUUUGAAAGUAAGGUUUUGAACGCACGUAGGAGUGCAAAGCGAAUCCUUUCCUUUCUUGGUAUGCUCGGGAGGUAGAUAUCACCGUCAUCGAGAGAUCUUACGCACGCAACAGGUACCCGAUUAAAAAUGUUUCCCACGUUUUACGUUCCCCAUCGUUAAGCUUGAGAUAAACUAACGAAAUAACGGGCACGUUCGAAUUUACCGGAAGGCACGAAAGUCUGAAAAAAAAAAUGCACCGCUCUUUUCUUCCGUUUCGUUCACUCGCCACAGCGAGUCUCUCAAAUGAUCUAAUGCAGCUUUUAUGCAGCAGCAACGUGAUGUUCCUCAAAACAUCAUAGAUCGUUACUGCUUUCAUUAGGAAGUUCACGAAAGAAUCGGCAUUGUAAUGCGUGGCGAUCGUGAUGUCCAUUUUAGAAUAAAAAUGAUGAAAAGGAGAAAACAGGUGACGCGACAAUAACGCUACCUGUAUGGACUUCCUCCGUGUGUGAAUGAAUAUGUAUAUUGAAUUUAAUUAGCGAGUCAAGGCCGCGACAAUAUUGUUUCCAUUGCAAACGUACCGUCGGCGUCGUCAUCGUCGUUGCUAUCGUCAUUCUAGAAUCUGAUGCCGUUCACGCUUUCCAGAGACAGCACACCGAUGUGUGUGUUUGAUUAGCGAUUAAAACUCUCCUCUUACAGCAUUAAGACGACACAAAUAAUAAAAUCGUGUAACAAGAAAAAAAUAACGGAAAAUCGUAAUAAAUAUGUUUACCUAUUUAUCAACUUAUCGUUGAUAAACAGUGUGGUUUAUUAAAUUUUUUUGUAAGGAAUUUAUUACUUUUAACAUUUGUAUUUACUUAACGACAUUAAACUCUCUUUCUCUAACUUUCAGCAAAGCAGAAAGAGCAAGAGAGAGAGAGAGAAGAGAGUGAAAAGUGAACGUGAGUCUGCAGAACGCGGAAGAAUAUUUUCCAGUUGUUACUAUCUAAUCGGCAUCUGCGCAACGAGAUUAAGAUAUGUACAGAGUAACGCUUGUCUUGCAUUAGAUACUAAUCGUUAGUCGGGUUUCACGCGAGUUUGUUAUUUAAAGUAGGUGCACAAUCGCCGUUAGCAAUCAACAAAUGUGUAUAAGCAUGUCUAUACACAUAUGUACACAUCGUAAUUCUCAAUGUUUCGAGAGAUGAGAGAUAAUAAUUGAAUUGUCUUGUCUUACUAAAAAUGUGAGCAGUUUUGACAAAUAAAUUUCUGUUUUAAUUUGUAGCAUCACUUUAAUUCCAUAUUUUAGAUAGAAACGCGACUAAUAAAAACAAUAUUUUCUUUUUACUUCUAAAUUUAUUAUCUAGAAAUAUUAUUUAUAAUUUUUGUUAAUUUUUCGAGGCCGAAAUACACAGUCAAAGGAUAGAUGUUUCGAUAAGAGACAAUAAUUAAAUUUUCAUUAUAAAUGUAACCUACAAAUAAAUUUCGAAUUAUCUGACAUUUGUGGCAUCGUUUUAAUUUACCAUUUUUUAAAACAACGAUUUUUUAAAGUUAACAUUUCAAUUUUUUGUUAAUUUUUCGAAGUCAAAUCUAUAUAACCAAAGAUAAACAGAUGAAUAUAAACGAAUAAUUGUCGAUCAUAUUUUCUCGUGAUAUUUCUGCCAGAUGUGUGGAAUUAAAUUAAAAAUGAUAACAUUUCAUUAAUGAAUAAACAGGAAGGCGAAAAUCAUGGUCUUCGGUCGCAUUAAGAAAGAUCGUUCUGGAAUUUCUGAAGCGUGGGAGGCUACCGGUAACAUGUCGACCAUGUGAAAUCAGUUAAUAAUUGAAAAAGGUUAUCCGAGUCCACAAAGGGAAUUUUUCUGGCAUCAAUAUAUUUCGUAUGAGAAAAUCAGAUCGGCGUUGUUUGAAAUACGAGAAUGGUGUAUAAGAACGCCAUUGCGCAUGAGCUCGUUACUACAGAAUAAAGGUUUCAAUAUCUAUUUGAAGAGUGCGUAUUGCAACGAAAAUGAUCCAAAUCUGAACAGCAUUAAAACACGAGGCGUGAUUUAUUCUCUGCAACAGUUAACGGCCGAGCAGAAAAGCAAGGGAGUGAUAGCGAUCUCAACGGGUAGCUUCGCUUAUCCUCUCUGCUCUUUCGGACGAAGAUUUGGUAUACCGGUGACGGUGGUGAUGCCGCAAGAUGCAGCAGAGGAAAGAAAAGUCAGAAUGUGUAGAGAUCUCGGAGCCAGAGUGAUAAUUAAGGGUAGAAAUAUAACAGAAGCACAUGUUAGCGCUUUGCGUACGGCCCAAGCGGAAGGCUUGUUUUAUCUCGACGGAAACGAUCAUCCAUACAUGAUCGUAGGUCAAGCCACUUUUGGCAUAGAAUUGGAUGAAAUAAGGGAUGAGAAAGGACAAAUGAAAAAGUUUCCAUUGGAUGCAGUGAUAUUACCGACGAACAUUAAUGGCUGCAAUUUAACAAUGGGUCUUGCGUUGGCUAUCAAACAGUGGCAUCCAAAUAUAAAAAUUAUUGAGAUCUGUAGUGAACAAAAUAAUUCUUUGAUCCAAGAUGUUAGAAAACAAACGCUUUCGACUACCGAAUUAAAAGAUAGCCCGAGGACUUUCUGGGGACAUAAGAAUAUAGAUUGUUUACCAAAUUGUUGGAUUAAUUUGUUUAGUACAGUAUCUGAGAAAUUUGUUCAAAAAGCAGCCGAUCUUCUACUAGAAAAAGAAAACAUUAUUGACUCUUAUGCAGCAAUUGGUUUAGCUGCAAUUUUAAAUGGUCAACUUGAUGAUUUAAAAGGAAAAAACGUGCUGAUACCUCUAUUCGGUAGAAUGGACUCGUUCAUGGAUCUUACGAAUAAACCUGGUUCUUCAAGGGAGGUUAAUUAGAGAUCGUUAUACUUCUGAACAGAUUACUGAUUAAGAUAAAUUGUAAUAAAAUUGUGCGUACUUAUGGUAAAUAUUCAGGUAAACAUUUGUAAACUUAAGAAUGCAGAACCAGUCCGUAUAACUUCGUAAUCUCUAAAUUACAAUUAGUGAAAAAUCACUAAAAUCAGUAAAAAUACACUGAUUUCAGUGGUAUACUUAUAACUUGUCAAUCAGUGAAAUAAAUACACUGAUCUUUUAAUGAUUAUACUAAUUUUGCAGUAAAAAUCACUAAAAGUCAGUGGAUAAUUACUAAUUAUCACAGUUAUGAGUAUACCACUGCAAAUCAAUGAAAAUACACUAAUUGCAAUUUGAAGAGUAGACAAAACUUGAUCAAAAUUACGAAGGAAACUUCAAUAUUGAAUUUAUGUUAAAUCAAAUAGCUGAUGUAAAAUUUCUUAAAAAUUUUAUAUUAAUAUACUGGAUAUACUUAUAUUUUUAUAAACACAAUGUAAAUAUAAACAUUACUCUUGCCACUAAUAAACAUUAGAGAUACCCUAUAAAA